AUGGCGACUUGGGUCCUCUCAGAAUGCACCCUAAAACCUCUCCCUAAAUUCUACUCACAUCCCAGAAACGCCCUCCCCUCAAAACCGUCCACCCUCCGGCCAUUCCCCAAUGUGAGGAGCACCAAUCUUUUGGGGUUCAGAGGGGCAAAAUGGUCACUCAAUGUGAGUGCGCCAUUGCGUGUCCCAUCCGUGGAUGGGGAAGACAAUGGCAAAGUGAGCACUAAUGGGGUUGGAGACGGUGGUGAAUUUGACCCCGGUGCCCCUCCCCCCUUCAAGUUGGGUGACAUCAGAGCUGCCAUUCCUAAGCAUUGCUGGGUUAAGGACCCUUGGAAAUCUAUGAGCUAUGUGGUCAGAGAUGUGGCUGUGGUUUUUGGGAUGGCGGCGCUUGCAUCUUACCUUAACAAUUGGGCUGUUUGGCCUCUCUACUGGUUUGCUCAGGGCACCAUGUUCUGGGCUCUCUUUGUUCUUGGACAUGAUUGUGGCCACGGAAGUUUCUCGAAUAAUCCAAAGCUGAAUAGCGUGGUCGGUCAUCUUCUUCAUUCUUCAAUCCUUGUCCCAUACCAUGGAUGGAGAAUUAGCCACAGAACUCAUCAUCAGAACCAUGGACACGUCGAAAAUGACGAGUCUUGGCAUCCGUUGCCUGAGAAAAUUUACAAGAGUUUGGAUAAGAUGACUCAGAUAUUUAGGUUCACCCUACCAUUCCCCAUGCUUGCUUAUCCUUUCUAUCUGUGGAAUCGAAGUCCGGGAAAGAGUGGCUCUCAUUAUGAUCCAAACAGCGAAUUGUUUCUCCCAAAUGAAAGGAAAGACAUCAUUACUUCCACUGCCUGUUGGGCAGCAAUGGCUGCGCUGCUAGUCGGUCUGUCUUUCACAAUGGGACCUGUCCAAGUGCUUAAGCUCUACGGCGUUCCAUACUGGAUGUUUGUCUUGUGGUUGGACUUAGUGACUUACUUACAUCACCAUGGCCACGAGGACAAGCUUCCAUGGUAUCGUGGGAAGGAAUGGAGUUAUCUAAGAGGAGGACUGACAACCAUUGAUCGCGACUACGGAUGGAUCAACAACAUCCAUCAUGAUAUCGGAACUCAUGUCAUACAUCAUCUCUUCCCUCAAAUCCCACAUUACAACUUAAUAGAAGCAACGGAGGCAGCUAAGCCUGUGCUCGGGAAGUACUACAGAGAACCGAAAAAAUCAGGGCCUCUCCCACUUCACCUACUGGGAGUCCUUGUAAGAAGCUUUAAACGCGAUCAUUACGUGAGUGACACUGGGGAUGUUGUAUAUUAUCAAACCGAUAAGGAACUUGCCGGGUCAGCGGUAUCAGAAUGA